GCUGUUUAUUUGUUUUGACAACUGAUGUUUUCUGGUUGCAUGAUAUCGGUAAUGUUAUCGGUUUGAUGUCAAUUUGUGUCCAAGUGAAUAUCCAUUUCUUACUGUUUCUUUUCGGAAAGCAUUUUGCUGUUUAAAUCGUGGUAUUAGAGUGGUAUUCCUUCAAUUCUUAGAUGGAUACAAUUCCCACCUGUCGAGUAUGCUUGAAGACUUCAUUAUCUUAUAUAGAUUUAGAGACGCUUUUUGAAAACGAAGAUACCAACAUCCCUAUGGACGCUGGCCGCAAUGUACUAAUAACAUACAUGGAUUGCUUUCGAAGUUGUACACAUUUAAAACCAUCUGAUCGAGAAACGGAAAUGCCACAAAACCUUUGCGAGCAAUGUGCAUUUGAGUUGGGAGUCGCUUGGAAUUUUAUACAAAGGGCUACACAAUCAGAUAAAGUUUUGAAAAAUGCUUUGGUGAAAGUUAUGCCAUACACAGAGCCAAUACUUCUAGACAACGGAAAAUGUCAUAUUGAUAUUGAAGUAGAGGAUAUCAAUGAAAGUUACCGUUCAGAUGAAGAAAUUAAAAAAGAGGCUUCAAAGGAAAUCGGAAACAAUUUGAACGUUUACUCAACCGUACACAAUUUACAAAACAGAGACUCCGAUUAUUUCGUGAAUAUGGAAGACCAUCUGAAUACAACCUCAAAUUCUGAUAUUUCUCAAAGCAUUGUGAACGAGGAAAGAUCCACAAAUUCAUCAGUGCAAAGUAUUUCAUCACCAAACAAAAUAGAGGCGGAAGAAUAUUAUAUUGUGGAAUUAAUAGACAUAGCGGAGAAUAGUGAACAUAAAACAGAUAGCGAUCCCACAGAAUUUGGCAACGAUGUUGAUGAGAAUGCAACCGAAGAUAAUGACGCCAACGUUACUACUAGUAAUGAAAUAAAGGAUUCAAGCAGCGAAUACUAUUGCUCAACUUGUUUCCAUUCAUUUGAAAGCCAGAGAGAGCUUUUGAUGCAUUCUCGAUCCCAUAUGGCUAUUAAUAUUAACGUUAAUACCUGCAAGAUAUGCAACCAUGAAGUUACUAAAGAAGAAACUUUGCGUAGACACAUAAAAAGUACGCAUUCUGCUUCUAUACAGUGUAGCUAUUGUGACCAUCGGUGCCAGGAGUACAAAAUGCAGGACCAUGUGCAUCGGACUCACGCCGAGCCAAAGAAUUUUGUUUGCAGUAUUUGCGAAAAAACAUUUGUUUCCCAAAGUAUAUUAAGCUCACAUCUUAAGUAUCACCAACGCAAAGAGGCAAAUACGAAAUCCGAUGCAUGUGAAAUUUGUGGUAAGCGAUUUUCCACAAAACAUUAUCUACGCCUACAUAUGGAAGUGCAUCGCAUUGAGCGACAACUUCAUCAGUGUAACCACUGUGAUAAAAUCUAUGUUAGCAAAAUAGCACUCGACAAUCACAUUCGACUUCAUAAAGGUGAAACCAUUAAGUGUAAUGAGUGCGGAAAAGAAUUUGUACGACAGUAUGAAUUGAAUGUGCACAUGAGAUUUCAUACCCGAGACUACCCUUUUAAAUGUGAAGUAUGCGGUAAAAAUUUCGCAAUAAAGGGUCACUUGCGCACACAUAUGUGGAGGCACCAAGGGUUAAAACUGCAAUGCGAAGAAUGUGGAAAGCUGUUUACCUCGACCAAGGCUUUACAAGAACACUCAUUUGUACACAGCGAAAUGCCUUUUCCAUGCAGUUAUUGUGGUCGAGGGUAUCCAUCCAAACAAAAGUUUAAGGUGCAUCUUAAAACGACGCAUUUAAUUGAGUUCACAGAUGAGGAAAUUCUAAAAGUCACAAAAUCACAAACGCCAAAACCCUUACAACGUAAAAAGCUUACUUUAGUGCAAGCUGACAGUGUGAUGAAAGAGGUUGAAGUAAAGGACAGUUGUGGGGAAGCGAUACAUGAUGGUGAAGAAAUGUUUGUUGAGCUUAGUUGAUAUGUACACAACUUUUUUUUUGUGU